UCUAUAUUCUCUUGCACACAAAAUUUGGAACAAGUCACAAGCCAGCAGCUAUAUGUAUGUUUCUUCUCAUCUCUUGUUAAGCAAUUAGCUGCAGCCAUGUCGUUUCAUGUUGAUCGAAAGCUAAUAUUUGAAUCUCUUGAUAAUUCCACCAGCAAAACAUGUGGCAGCUAUUAUUGCAACCCAGAGGUGUAUCAUUCUAGAAUUUGUCCACUGUCAUGUUUUUAUAUUUGCCAGGGUAUAUGUCUUCUUCCAGAAAUUGAACUACCACCACUACCACAAAAUUUCACAACCAAAGCUCCUCUUUCACAGUCUCCACAUAAAAAUACUACUUCCAUCUUCAUGAUAAUUCUUUUUACAGGCUUAGGCAUUGCUGUCUACAUAUUUUGUUCAUUCGUCAUUCACAAAUUCCGCAACUCAAGAACUUCUUCACAACCGGAGCAGCAAGUAGUAGUAGUAGAAGAAGAAGCGCUAAGUGAUAUACGAACAGUGGGUCUUCACCCAUCAGUCAUCAGCUCCAUCACAAUCCACAAGUAUAAAAGAGGUGAAGGGCUAAUUGAAGCAACAGAGUGCUCGGUUUGCUUGAGUGAGUUUCAAGAAGAUGAAACUCUUAGAAUUUUGCCCAUGUGCAACCAUGCUUUUCACAUACCUUGCAUUGACACUUGGCUCAGAUCACACACCAAUUGUCCCAUGUGUCGUGCCGGCAUUGUCAUCAUGAUACCCACUACUACAGCUUUCAGUUGAGUUAAACCUAUGACCAUCUCAUCUAAAAAUUAGAAUUGUUGAAAAACACACUUUUAUUUACUUUAUUACUCUAUGAGAGUAUUAGAAAGAAUACUUUUAGUUACUUGGACUUAAUUUUUUUUUUAUGAGCUAAAUAGUUGUUUCCUUUUUAUAAUGGACAACAAUGAGAUUCAAACUCAGGAUCUUUGCCUGCUAUUAUAACAUACUAGUAACAUGUGAUAAUUUUAUCUAAAAAGACAAAGUACACUUUCA